AACCAUUCAGCCACCUCACGCGGCUUGUAACCCGAGAGUCUUUCAAACUUUCGUAUGCUUAGAAGAUGUUGUUCGACCAUCUCUGAUUGAAACUGCCCUGAGUUAUAAACAAAGAUGUCGUCUGUAGGUGCAUGGAAGAGGUUGGGAAAAUGUGAAGUGUGCAACGAUCAAGAGGCAAAAUACACAUGUCCAAGAUGUGAGGUUAAGACAUGCUGUAUAACAUGUGUAAACAUCCACAAGAAAGAACUGGGCUGUAAUGGACAAAGGAACAAGAUUGCAUACAAACGUAUUUCGGAGUUUACAAAUUUAGACCUCUUAAGUGAUUACAGACUUUUGGAGGAAACAACACGCCAUGUUGAAACAUAUGCUAGAGAUCCAUCAAAGCAUUACACUGCAUCAAAGGAUUUGCCUAUCAAUCUAUAUAAGCUGCGCGCAGCAGCUCACAGAAGAAGAACAAAUUUACAGUUCCUGCCACACAAUUUCACACGUAGCAAGGCAAAUUCAACAUACUUUAAUUGGAAAGAACAACUAAUUUACUGGAGGGUAGAAUGGAUCUUCCCCCAUGCUGACAAUAUAAAAUGUGUUGGAAGAAGAUUACUUGAAAGUGAGCCAUUGUCAAAACUUGUAAACAUUUACCUGGACCCAAAGGAAUGUGACCCACUGUAUCAAGAUAAGUUACAGUACUACCAAUCUGCUGGUCUCAGAGGUCUCUUGUUACUGCUCAAAGCUGAACAGAAACCUGGAACAUGGUUUUAUCAGCUGGACUCCUCACUUAGUUUAAAGGCCAAUCUUAAGGAAAAAACAGUAAUAGAGUUCCCUACAAUAUAUGUUGUUCUGAAGGACCACAAGGAUGCAUUUGCUAUUCUGGAAUCAGAUGAGGAGGAUAAGGACAGAAAUGAAGCCACCAUCAACAUGAACAACAAAAAUAACUUGCUGUUUAACACCUCUGAUUAUUCUGAAAGUGAAGAUGAAUAUAAUACUUCUGUUGGCAGUAAGAAAAAGUAUCCGAAGCUUGAUAUUCCACAGUAUGAUGUACUAAUAGGACUUAAGUCUUGAGAUGAAGAAUUGUGUAGAUGUUCUGAACAAAUGUGUAUAAGAAAUUGACUGUAAAAUUUUUGUUUCAGUGGUGUGAAAGCAUGUUUGUGACCUUUCCCCUAUGACUGAUAUAAAUUGUAUUCUCAAUAAAGAAUUAUGAUCAAAUGUU